AAGUGUAGCCAUGGGAAUUAGAGGGUACUACCAUAGGUUACUACCCAUAGGUACAACCCCUGCGCUUAAAUUUGUUAUUCCUUUUAACCCUCAAGUAUCCGACAUUAAGCUCUGGAUGACUCCUAAAGUUAGGGUUAGGUUUAGCUGAGCGUUAGCAGCAGAGGAAACAGCCACGUGUGCAUGCAGAAACUCCAAAAGAAGCUAUGAAGUACCUCAGUAAUGGAGCCAGGUUUUCAGCCUGAGCAGUGAAACGAUGCCUCUGGAUGCUCGCCCAGGCUCACCUCCCAUAAAGCAUAGAAGAAGUUCGUGAUAAAUCCACAUGGACAGAUUCUAGUUGAAAAGUUUGCUAGAGCAACAUGAGCUGGAGCUUUCUCACUCGUCUCCUGGAAGAAAUCCACCACCACUCCACCUUUGUGGGAAAGGUGUGGCUGACUGUGCUCAUCAUCUUCCGCAUCGUGCUCACAGCAGUCGGAGGAGAGUCCAUCUACUCAGACGAGCAGACAAAAUUCACCUGCAACACCAAGCAGACGGGCUGUGACAAUGGCUACGAUGCCUUCGCCCCUCUGUCCCAUGUCCGCUUUGGUCUUCCGAUCAUCAUGAUCUCCACUCCCUCCAUCAUGUACAUGGGUUAUGCCAUCCACAAGAUUGCCCGGACAUCAGAGGAGGACCGCAGGAAGAAUAACAGGCUCAGAAAAACUGCCUCUCACUCCAGGUGGAGGGAGAACCACCAUCUGGAAGACGUCUUAGAGGAAGAUGAAGAUGAUGAUGCUGAGCCAAUGAUCUACGAGGACACACUGGACAUUCAGGAGGCCAAAGCCGAACCUAUGGACACAAGCAGAGAGCCGCCUAAGCAUGAUGGCCGCCGAAGAAUUAUGCAAGAAGGACUGAUAAUCUACGUUCUGCAGCUCAUGUCCCGAGCUAUUUUUGAAAUUGCUUUCCUUGCAGGACAGUAUCUCUUGUAUGGUUUUCGAGUUAGUCCUUCAUAUGUAUGCAACAGGAUCCCCUGUCCACAUAGAGUGGACUGUUUCAUCUCUAGGCCUACAGAGAAAACCAUAUUUCUUCUCAUCAUGUAUGUGGUGAGCUGUCUCUGUCUUGUACUAAAUGUAUGCGAGAUGCUUCACUUGGGAAUCGGCACCUUUCGAGACACCCUCCGCAUGAAGAGGAACCGAGGCCGGCGGACGUCCUAUGGCUGCUCAUUUACCCGAAAUAUCCAAGGCUCUCCACCAGGGUACAACCUUGUGAUGAAGACGGAAAAACCUAGCAGGAUUCCCAACAGCCUCAUCACCCACGAGCAGAACGUGGCCAACGUUGCCCAAGAACAGCAGUGCAUCAGCCCAGAUGAAAACAUCCCAUCUGAUUUGGCGAGUCUUCAUCGGCACCUCCGGGUGGCGCAGGAGCAGCUCGACAUGGCCUUUCAAACUUAUCAAACCAAAAAUAACACGCAGAACUCCAGAACAAGUAGUCCUGUAUCUGGGGGCACCAUGACAGAGCAAAACCGAGUCAAUACAGUUCAGGAGAAACAAGGAGCAAGGCCUAAAUCAGCCACAGAGAAAGCUGCAACUAUUGUAAAGAAUGGAAAGACCUCUGUCUGGAUAUAGAGGUCAAUCUAAUUUAAAAUAAAAGUAGAGACAUUAAAGGACAGAGUCUGCAUUAUGACACAGCUGGAGGAUCUGUGUGUGACUGCAACUUAAGACAAUAACAACCGAGAACUUCAAUCACACCUGAUGGAGUACAGUGGGAAUUAAAAAGAAAAAACGCUUGAAGGAAUCAUCAAAUCCAGUAUCAUGAAUAUUCUUUGUUACUGUUAUGUGUCAUCUUAUGCUUAACAUAGUUUUUGGACACGUGCUUACCUAGUUAAACAUCUCUAAUUCCAACUAAAACGUCAACGUAUUAAAAACUGCUUGGAGCUAUUUAUCUGAUCUACCCUUGACUGCCGCUGAACUGGAUUAACAUGAUGAAACUUAACCUCUGGAAGUGUGUGAUUGUACCUUCAAUCCAAAUUUGAAAAUGCAGUGAGAAGCACUGUAUGAGCACAAGGCUUGUCUGGAAACACUAUGAUUGUUGUUGGAGGGGUGCGUGUUGGGUAUUUGGGGAAGUGUCUUUGGAUUUAGAAUGGGUGAGUGUUGCUGGAAGCAGAUCAAAUGUGAAGUAUUUUGAUAAAGAUAAUGAAACAGAGUCACUGUAGGUUCUUCUGGUUAACAUCUGCUCAGUUUGUUGGUCGUAGGUCAUUACGUGCUAAGCAUUUAUCUAUUCUAUAUUUCCAAAUCUCUGCAGUUUCACAUUAGUGGACAAGGUUUAGUGAAUAGAACAUCUAAUUAUUUUCUGAAAUAAACAUUGAUUUUCUGCAAUCUGAAGCAGAUGAUGCAUGCUUUACAACUGGGAACAUUUAGUAUACACAUAGGUUACAGUAGAAAACCCCACACUUAGCUACACAGCUACAUGUACCCUGUGUGUUUAGGCAUGUUUUCUGUCAUUGAAGCAGUAUGUGUCUUGAACUGGUUUCAGAGUAAUAUUUAAUCCAGCCUUCACUGUUGUCAAACUUCAAAGUGCCUCAAAGUUUUAAAGACUGUUCAAGUAUUUUAUUCACGAAGAAAUAAACUUAUUUGAAACCUC